AUGUCAUUCUUAAGUGAGGAGGAGACCAGGAGGAGGAGACCAGGAGGAGGAGACCAGGAGGAGGAGACCAGGAGGGGAGGACCAGGAGGGAGAGACCAGGAGGAGGAGACCAGGAGGAGGAGACCAGGAGGAGGGGACCAGGAGGAGGAGACCAGGAGGAGGAAACCAGGAGGAGGAGACCAGGAGGAGGAGACCAGGAGGAGGGGACCAGGAGGAGGAGACCAGGAGGAGGAGACCAGGAGGAGGAAACCAGGAGGAGGAGACCAGGAGGAGGAGACCAGGAGGAGGGGACCAGGAGGAGGAGACCAGGAGGAGGGGACCAGGAGGAGGAGACCAGGAGGAGGAGACCAGGAGGAGGAGACCAGGAGGAGGAAACCAGGAGGAGGAGACCAGGAGGAGGGGACCAGGAGGAGGAGACCAGGAGGAGGAGACCAGGAGGAGGAGACCAGGAGGAGGAGACCAGGAGGAGGAGACCAGGAGGAGGGGACCAGGAGGAGGAGACCAGGAGGAGGGGAUCAGGAGGGAGAGACCAGGAGGAGGAGACCAGGAGGAGGAGACCAGGAGGAGGGGACCAGGAGGAGGAGACCAGGAGGAGGAGACCAGGAGGAGGGGACCAGGAGGAGGAGACCAGGAGGAGGGGACCAGGAGGAGGAGACCAGGAGGAGGAGACCAGGAGGAGGGGACCAGGAGGAGGAGACCAGGAGGAGGGGAUCAGGAGGGAGAGACCAGGAGGAGGAGACCAGGAGGAGGGGACCAGGAGGGAGAGACCAGGAGGAGGAGACCAGGAGGAGGGGAUCAGGAGGGAGAGACCAGGAGGAGGAGACCAGGAGGAGGGGAUCAGGAGGGAGAGACCAGGAGGAGGGGACCAGGAGGGAGAGACCAGGAGGAGGAGACCAGGAGGGAGAGAACAGGAGGAGGGGACCAGGAGGGAGAGACCAGGAGGAGGAGACCAGGAGGAGGAGGACCAGGAGGGGAGGACCAGGAGGGAGAGACCAGGAGGAGGAGACCAGGAGGAGGAGACCAGGAGGAGGAGACCAGGAGGAGGAGACCAGGAGGAGGGGACCAGGAGGGAGAGACCAGGAGGAGGAGACCAGGAGGAGGGGACCAGAGGGAGAGACCAGGAGGAGGAGACCAGGAGGAGGGGACCAGGAGGGAGAGACCAGGAGGAGGAGACCAGGAGGAGGGACAGGAGGAGGAGACCAGGGGAGAGACCAGGAGGAGGAGGAGACAGGAGGAGGGGACCAGGAGGAGGGGACCAGGAGGAGGAGACCAGGAGGAGGGGACCAGGAGGAGGAGACCAGGAGGGGGACCAGGAGGAGGGGACCAGGAGGAGGAGACCAGGAGGAGGGGACCAGGAGGAGGAGACCAGGAGGACCAGGAGGGAGAGACCAGGAGGAGGAGACCAGGAGGAGGAGACCAGGAGGAGGAACCAGGAGGAGGAGACCAGGAGGAGGGGACCAGGAGGAGGAGACCAGGAGGAGGGGACCAGGAGGAGGAGACCAGGAGGAGGGGACCAGGAGGGAGAGACCAGGAGGAGGAGACCAGGAGGAGGGGACCAGGAGGGAGAGACCAGGAGGAGGAGACCAGGAGGAGGGGACCAGGAGGAGGAGACCAGGAGGGAGAGACCAGGAGGAGGGGAGGAGACCAGGAGGAGGGGACCAGGAGGAGGGGACCAGGAGGAGGAGACCAGGAGGAGGGGACCAGGAGGAGGAGACCAGGAGGAGGGGACCAGGAGGAGGGGACCAGGAGGAGGAGACCAGGAGGAGGGGACCAGGAGGAGGAGACCAGGAGGAGGGGAUCAGGAGGGAGAGACCAGGAGGAGGAGACCAGGAGGAGGGGACCAGGAGGAGGGGACCAGGAGGAGGAGACCAGGAGGAGGAGACCAGGAGGAGGGGACCAGGAGGAGGAGACCAGGAGGAGGGGACCAGGAGGAGGAGACCAGGAGGAGGGGAUCAGGAGGGAGAGACCAGGAGGAGGAGACCAGGAGGAGGGGACCAGGAGGGAGAGACCAGGAGGAGGAGACCAGGAGGAGGGGAUCAGGAGGGAGAGACCAGGAGGAGGAGACCAGGAGGAGGGGAUCAGGAGGGAGAGACCAGGAGGAGGGGACCAGGAGGGAGAAACCAGGAGGAGGAGACCAGGAGGGAGAGAACAGGAGGAGGGGACCAGGAGGGAGAGACCAGGAGGAGGAGACCAGGAGGAGGAGACCAGGAGGAGGAGACCAGGAGUAGGAGACCAGGAGGAGGGGACCAGGAGGGAGAGACCAGGAGGAGGAGACCAGGAGGAGGGGACCAGGAGGGAGAGACCAGGAGGAGGAGACCAGGAGGAGGGGACCAGGAGGAGGAGACCAGAUGGAGGAGACCAGAUGGAGGGGACCAGGAGGAGGAGACCAGGAGGAGGGGACCAGGAGGAGGGGACCAGGAGGAGGAGACCAGGAGGAGGAGACCAGGAGGAGGAGACCAGGAGGUAGAGACCAGGAGGAGGAGACCAGGAGGAGGGGAUCAGGAGGGAGAGACCAGGAGGAGGAGACCAGGAGGAGGGGAUCAGGAGGGAAAGACCAGGAGGAGGAGACCAGGAGGGAGAGACCAGGAGGAGGAGACCAGGAGGGAGAGACCAGGAGGAGGGGACCAGGAGGGAGAGACCAGGAGGAGGAGACCAGGAGGAGGAGACCAGGAGGGAGAGACCAGGAGGAGGGGACCAGGAGGGAGAGACCAGGAGGAGGAGACCAGGAGGAGGGGACCAGGAGGAGGAGACCAGGAGGAGGAGACCAGGAGGGGAGGACCAGGAGGGAGAGACCAGGAGGAGGAGACUAGGAGGAGGAGACCAGGAGGAGGAGACCAGGAGGAGGAGACCAGGAGGAGGAGACCAGGAGGAGGAGACCAGGAGGAGGGGACCAGGAGGAAGAGACCAGGAGGAGGGGACCAGGAGGAGGGGACCAGGAGGAGGGGACCAGGAGGGAGAGACCAGGAGGAGGAGACCAGGAGGGAGAGACCAGGAGGAAGAGACCAGGAGGAGGUGACCAGGAGGAGGGGACCAGGAGGGAGAGACCAGGAGGAGGAGACCAGGAGGAGGAGACCAGGAGGAGGAGACCAGGAGGGAGAGACCAGGAGGAGGAGACCAGGAGGAGGGGACCAGGAGGGAGAGACCAGGAGGAGGAGACCAGGAGGAGGGGACCAGGAGGUAGAGACCAGGAGGAGGAGACCAGGAGGAGGAGACCAGGAGGAGGAGACCAGGAGGAGGGGACCAGGAGGAGGGGACCAGGAGGAGGAGACCAGGAGGAGGAGACCAGGAGGAGGGGACCAGGAGGAAGAGACCAGGAGGAGGGGACCAGGAGGAAGAGACCAGGAGGAGGAGACCAGGAGGAGGAGACCAGGAGGAGGAGACCAGGAGGAGGAGACCAGGAGGAGGAGACCAGGAGGAGGGGACCAGGAGGAGGAGACCAGGAGGGAGAGACCAGGAGGAGGGGACCAGAGGGAGAGACCAGGAGGAGGAGACCAGGAGGGAGAGACCAGGAGGAGGGGACCAGAGGAGAGACCAGGAGGAGGGACCAGGAGGAGGGGACCAGGAGGAGGGGACCAGGAGGAGGGGACCAGGAGGAGGAGACCAGGAGGAGGGGACCAGGAGGAGGAGACCAGGAGGAGGGGACCAGGAGGAGGAGACCAGGAGGGAGAGACCAGGAGGAGGGGACCAGAGGGAGAGACCAGGAGGAGGGGACCAGAGGGAGAGACCAGGAGGAGGAGACCAGGAGGAGGGGACCAGGAGGAGGGGACCAGGAGGAGGAUACCAGGAGGAGGGACAGGAUUCCCCCAGAUGAGCUGGAGGAAGUCUUCAUGA